CGGACGGCGAUCGGCCCGCCAGGCAGGAAGUGGACGUCAGAGUGGGGGCAACGUCGAAGGCAGUUGAGUCGGUGGUGGCUACAUGUGGAUAUCCGCCGGUCGUGACGAGAACUUUCGUAUCAGGGAGCAGACGUUAACUUCCUCGCGUCGAAUCGCGGGAGCCGUGACUUACCACACUGUGAACGAGAACAAUCCGCCGUUAACCAUGCAGAUGGACCCGACGACGUUGCAGCUGAUCCAAGUCCUCGAGAGGACCGUCUCGUCGGACAAGAAUGAACUGGUGGCAGCGCAGACUUUCUUGCAGCAAGCGGCCGAAACCAAUCUCCAUGAAUUCGUGCAACGACUCAGCGCCGUGCUGGUCACAGUCGGCGCGAGCCCCGUUGCCCGCAUGGCAGCGGGCUUACAGCUCAAAAACCAACUUACCUCCAAGGAUCCUGAUAUGAAAUUCCAAUAUCAGCAACGUUGGCUUACUAUCCCUGUUGAAACGAGGGAAUAUAUCAAGAAAAAUAUUUUAGGAGCGUUGGGAACAGAAAACAAUAGGCCAAGCUCUGCAGCACAAUGCGUCGCUUAUGUAGCUGUUGCCGAGUUGGCAGUCGGGGAAUGGAGCGAAUUAAUUCCAUUGUUAGUCAAUAAUGUUGUCAACCCGUCCAGUACCGAGAUGAUGAAGGAGGCUACUUUAGAGACUAUUGGAUAUAUCUGCCAAGAAAUCGAAAGUGAAGUGCUAGUAUCACAAUCAAAUGAGAUUCUUACUGCUAUCAUUCACGGUAUGAAGGGUUCGAGCACAUCAAAUCACGUUCGACUAGCGGCUACAAGCGCUCUGUACAAUUCCUUGGAGUUCACCAAAGGAAACUUUGAAAAAGAGACGGAACGAAACUUCAUAAUGGAAGUAGUAUGUGAAGCCACUCAGUCUACCAAUACUCAAAUCAGAGUGGCUGCGUUACAGUGUCUUGUGAAAAUUAUGUCACUGUAUUAUCAAUACAUGGAACCAUAUAUGGCUCCAGCAUUGUUUCCUAUUACAUUAGAAGCUAUGAAAUCUGAUAUUGAUGAAGUGGCACUUCAAGGAAUAGAAUUCUGGUCGAAUGUAUCUGAUGAAGAAGUGGACUUAUCAAUGGAAGAAGGAGAGGCAUCAGAAGGAGGUCGCCCACCGCUAAAAGUCUCGCGGCAUUAUGCUAAAGGAGCUUUACAAUAUUUAGUACCAGUGUUGAUGAAAAAAUUGACCAAGCAAGAAGAAUUUGAUGACGAAGAUGAUUGGAAUCCUUCAAAAGCUGCUGGAGUUUGCUUGAUGUUGUUGUCAUCGUGCUGCGAAGAAGCUAUUGUUCCGUUCGUUCUUCCUUUUGUCAAGGAUAAUAUUAAAAGUCCCGAUUGGAGAUAUAGAGAUGCGGCUCUGAUGGCAUUCGGUUCGAUUCUUGGUGGUUUAGAACCUGCCACAUUGAAACCGUUAGUGGAACAAGCCAUGCCAACUCUCAUCGAGCUGAUGUACGAUAACAGUGUAGUCGUCCGUGAUACUGCGGCUUGGACAUUUGGACGCAUAUGCGAGAUGAUUCCAGAUGCUGCAAUCAACGAAACUUAUCUGAAGCCAUUGUUAGAAUCUUUAGUGAACGGAUUGAAGGCAGAACCACGAGUUGCUGCCAAUGUAUGUUGGGCAUUUACAGGAUUAGCAGAAGCGAGUUACGAGUCUGCUGAGGCCAGCGAAGACGGCAAUCAACCAGAAACGUACUGCAUGUCACAAUAUUUCGAUUUUAUCAUUCAACGACUUUUGGAAACUACUGAUCGACCAGAUGGGGCUCAAGCGAAUUUGAGAUCUGCUGCUUAUGAGGCUCUCAUGGAAAUGGUGAAGAACUCGCCGCGUGAUUGUUAUGUAACCGUACAAAAAACUACAAUGGUGAUACUGGAGCGACUGCAACAAGUAUUGCAGAUGGAGUCGCACAUACAAAGUCAUUCGGAUCGUGCCCAAUAUAACGAUUUGCAGUCGUUGCUUUGUGCGACUUUACAAUCAGUCUUGCGUAAAGUCACUACAGAGGACGCUCCGCAAAUAUCCGAUGUAAUAAUGACUGCUCUGCUUGCCAUGUUUAAUUCAAAUUCCUGCAAAUCAGGUGGCGUACAGGAGGAUGCGCUUAUGGCAGUUUCGACUUUGGUUGAGGUGUUAGGCGAAGGUUUCUUGAAGUAUAUGGAGGCAUUCAAACCUUAUCUCUGUCUCGGCUUGAAGAACUAUGCCGAAUAUCAGGUGUGUUGCGCAGCGGUCGGUCUCACUGGUGAUAUCUGCCGCGCUCUCAAAAACAAGAUGCUUCCUUAUUGCGAUGAAAUUAUGACUCUGUUGUUGGAGAACCUCAGCAAUAACGCCGUGCAUCGCUCAGUUAAACCGCAGAUCUUUUCGGCUUUCGGUGACAUCGCCAUGAGUAUCGGACCAGAAUUUAAAAUAUAUUUGGACGUUGUAUUGCAGACGUUGGUACAAGCAUCACAGGCUAACGUAGAUAGAAGCGAUUACGAUAUGAUCGAUUAUCUCAACGAGUUACGCGAGGGCGUACUUGAAGCUUACACUGGCAUAGUUCAAGGUCUCCGCGGUGAUGGGAAUAAUUGUCCGGAUGUUGCUAUUUCUCUUAUCGAGCCGCAUGUGCCGUACAUUAUACAAUUUAUCACCUCGAUAGCGCAAGAUCGCGAACAUUCCGAGGGUAAUGUGUCGGCCGCGGUAGGUCUGCUAGGCGAUCUCGUCACGGUAUUCGGAACCAAAUUAUUGCCUAUGGUGGAGACCGAGCCGCUUAAUGAUUUGCUGAUCAAGGGUAAGAAGUCACGCACUCACAAAACUAAACAGCUGGCGAGCUGGGCUGCGAAAGAGAUUCGAAAGCUCAAGACUGCUGCCAACGCUACGUCCAGUUGAUCACCCCACGGUUGUACUGUCGUGCAAUUUGAUUUGACUAGAAAGCUAUCAAACACAAUACAAAGACAACAAGAUUGGAUGGUGCGGAUGCGAGUUGAUGGAUGUGCGUGAGUUCCGAAGCGAUAAUGACGAGAUGGAGUGAUGAGUCUGCACGUGUCCCUAUCUGGCGACGGUAUUUUAUUGAUAUAAUAUAUCGGUGUCGAGCGCAUCUCAUAUGAUAAGAGAGAAAGGGAUUUUUAGCGAGAAAGCGAGAAUGAAAGAGAGAGAGAGAGAGAGAGAGAGAGAGAGAGAGAGAGAGAGAGA